CACGUAAAAACUGAAAUCACAUCAUGUUACUUUUAAGACAAACUCCAAACCAUAGAGUUGCCGGAAUCCGCCUCCUCCUCCUCCUCCUAUCCUUGAGCACGGCAAAUGCUGGCUUUCAAUCCCAAAAAGUUUCGCUUGGAAAGGAAAACCGGUUUGGGGAACUACCACGGGCUAUUAGAAGAGGCAGUGACUGGAAUGUGCCGGGCGGGCGCGAAAUCCGCGCCAAGGAUGCAGGGCCUUGGUCAGUACUGAUCGCCUAAGGCGGCUCUUCUCAGCCCUCACUCCAGGGCGCUCAGGCCCCUUGGCUUCACCCGCCGAAGACUUCAUUUCCCAGAAUGCCAAGGGGCGGGGCCGGCCGGAAGGCUAGGUGCUCUCCGCAGGGCAUGAUGGGGGAGUUGGAGAUUUCCAUCAUGGCGGCUUCCAUUUCGGGCUACACCUUCAGCGCUGUGUGUUUCCACAGCGCCAACAGCAACGCCGACCACGAAGGAUUUUUGCUGGGAGAGGUGAGACAAGAGGAAACCUUCAGCAUCAGUGACUCCCAGAUCAGCAACACCGAAUUCCUGCAAGUGAUUGAGAUCCAUAACCAUCAGCCUUGUUCAAAGCUUUUUAGUUUUUAUGACUAUGCAAGCAAAGUUAAUGAAGAGAGUUUGGACAGGAUUCUUAAAGAUCGGAGAAAGAAGGUUAUAGGGUGGUACAGAUUCCGGCGGAACACACAGCAGCAGAUGUCAUACAGGGAACAGGUCAUCCACAAGCAGCUCACCCGCAUCCUGGGGGUGCCCGACCUUGUCUUCCUUCUCUUCAGCUUCAUCUCCACCGCCAACAAUUCCACUCAUGCUUUAGAAUAUGUUCUCUUUAGACCAAAUCGAAGGUAUAAUCAAAGGAUAUCCCUUGCUAUUCCCAAUCUAGGCAAUACUAGCCAGCAAGAGUAUAAAGUGUCUUCAGUGCCAAAUACUUCUCAGAGUUAUGCCAAAGUUAUUAAAGAACAUGGUACUGACUUUUUUGACAAGGAUGGAGUAAUGAAAGACAUCAGGGCGAUUUAUCAGGUUUAUAAUGCACUUCAGGAGAAGGUGCAGGCAGUGUGUGCAGACGUAGAAAAGAGUGAGCGAGUUGUUGAAUCUUGUCAGGCAGAAGUGAACAAAUUAAGAAGACAAAUCAUUCAGAGGAAGAAUGAAAAAGAACAAGAAAGAAGACUGCAGCAGGCAAUGCUGAGCAGGCAGAUGCCAUCUGAAAGUCUGGACCCAGCGUUCAGCCCUCGGCUGCCCUAUCCUGGGUUUGCAGCUGAAGGUCGAAGUGCACUUGGAGACGCAGAAGCCUCUGAUCCUCCUCCCCCUUAUUCUGAUCUUCACCCAAAUAAUCAAGAAAGUACUUUGAGCCACUCUCGCAUGGAAACUAGCGUCUUUAUGCCUCGACCUCAAGCCGUGGGCUCCUCCAGUUAUGCCUCCACCAGUGCGGGACUGAAAUACCCUGGAAGUGGCGGGGCGGACCCUCCUCCACCCCGAGGAGCAGCUGGAGACAGUGCCGAGGAGUCCGACGACAGUGAUUAUGAGAAUUUGCUUGACCCCACAGAGCCCUCUACUAGCGAAUACUCACAUUCGAGGGAUUCUCGGCCCGUGACACAUCCCGACGGGGGCUCCAGGAACACUCAGACCUCCCAGAUUUAACUAAACAAAAGGAACUCUCCACCGAGCGCUGUUUUCCUCCAUCGCUUGUUGAGAGAGUUUUCUUGCAGACUUACUCUGGGGGACAGCUGCUCUCUCAGGCCCCUGGUCUCCCCAAGACAGGAUUCCCUGGGCCCAGAACCUAUAGGAGCCUCACAUCUGCGGGCCUCACCUGCAGAUGCAGUGUGCAGGUUUCACGACAGAAUCAUUAAGAUAAUCAAAUUGUCCUCAUUCUGGUGCGAUUCAUGGAUGUACUGGUCAAUUUAGGCAAAGAUAAACUUAUCAACUAGCUUCUGUUCUUUAAAAUAAAUUGGAAUUUAGAGACUAAGCACAAUUAGUCUAUAAAUGUUCUAUAAAUCAAAAACUUACCUCUUGCACUAUCAUGCCUUGAAAUUUACUUUUUUUCAAAGGGAAACUAGUUUAGCAGCAGCCUUCAAAGAACCUUCUUUCUAUGAUGAGCCAAAUUCAUCUUUGCCAGAAAAGAAAUUUUGAUAAUUCCAAGAAGCCUGUUUGGAACAAAUCAGAUGUACCUUCUUUUGUCUGCAUGACUUUGUGAGAUCAAAAGAGAGGGCUUUGUUUCAACUUUUUUCUACUAGCCUGAUAUGUAUUGUCACUUAAAAUGGUUGCCUUUAAAAAAAAAAUGUAGAAAUACUAAUUACCAGUAAGUGAUCAUCCAAAUAAGUAUGUCAUGAAAUAAAUGACUUAUUUUUCUUGCGAGGAAUUACAGUGACUGCUCUGUUGCACUAGCCACAUUUAUGGUCUGUGUCGUGGAGUCUUAAAUGAAGGACACACAGCAGCGGACAACAGAAAGGAGUUAUGUUCCAGGGCCGAGUUUUAGGAGGAACAGAUUCCAGACCCAGUGGAUUUAGCGAAGUUCACACGUCAGGAAUAUAACUCGCUUAGAUCUGCUGACAGAUCCUAGUGUUAGUUUUCUAUGUGGAGGAAAGACACUUCCUAAACUGUUUGGGAAUCUUGGGAAUAAAGGUUCAUUUCCAGUCUGAAUAACCAUCCCUUUUUUUAAGAAGUGGCCAUUUGGAAGAUAGCUGCGAAUGUAUAGAGACUUUGUGUUGGGCUGCGCUUACGUGUUUAUUCAAUUCCUGCUUGUUUUCUGGUCUUGCCCAGAAUACCUGAAACCACUAAAGACGUUCUGAGCAUGACAGGCUUCUGGUCUGGAAGUGGCCGGACCACCCACCCUCCCCUCACUGAUGACGAGGUCAGCCCACGAAGCUAAUGCUUUGGAUGAUAACUGCCUUUCCUUUGGACUAGUUCAGACCUGUAAGAAUGAGGAAGUUGUUGAAGAGGCUUAAGAUCCAGGUUCUGAAGAAGGUGGUUGGAUUUUGUAGGAAGGUCGUUUACUCUCGUGUGACUGGAAAUGAAGCGCUCGAGCUGCCGUCCUUCAGCUGUCUGCUCUGUGGGGUCUCUACCUUACCCUCCAGUUUUGUUGGCCUUAGACACUCUGCCAUGCAGUUUGAAAUGUUGCAGCCCCCGUAUCUGCACAUACGUUCCCAUGUUUAUCAGCUCCCUUCUAGCGGCUUCAGCACCAGUGUGAAUUUCCUUUUUUUUUUUUUUUCCAAGUGCCAUCGCCACCUCCUCUGUUCAGAUUUUGACAUUCAGGAAAAUAUUUUUAUUUUUAUGCCACACCAAAACCUACAAUGUAUAUCUGACAAAGCAGUUAAAUGUGACAAUAAAAACUUACUUAAUCAUG